AUGUCCUCAUCAGCACAACAGCAACAACAACAACUGGGUUACCACAUUGAAGAACACCAACAACCCAGCCCGAUAUCCUACGAUGGAUACCGCCCGGAAGACCUGGGCUCACCCACCUUAUCGAUAACAGAGCUUGACAACGAUGUGCAACUUAUCGAUCCUCACCGCGAUGCCCUCUACUCCUACAACGCCGCCGAGCAGAAACUCAUAGGCGAUGCGAAGCCAUGGAAGACCGACCCUCACCACUUUAAAAAUGUCCGCAUCUCAGCCGUAGCUCUGCUGAAGAUGGUCAUGCACGCACGGUCUGGAGGCAGCAUCGAAGUCAUGGGUCUGAUGCAGGGCAAGAUUGCAGGAGAUACCAUCAUCGUCACCGAUGCAUUCAGACUGCCUGUUGAAGGCACAGAGACCAGAGUCAACGCCCAGGACGAAGCAAACGAAUACAUGGUGGGCUACCUGCAGGCAUGUCGUGAUCAGGGCCAGCUGGAAAACGCCGUGGGAUGGUACCAUAGUCAUCCGGGCUAUGGCUGCUGGCUCAGCGGUAUCGAUGUCAGCACACAAGCCACUCAACAGACCUUCUCAGACCCCUUUCUUGCCGUGGUCAUCGAUCCUGAUCGCACCAUCUCUGCCGGCAAGGUCGAAAUCGGUGCCUUCCGAACAUACCCUGAGGAUUACAAACCUCCCAAUUCUGGAGCAGACGACGGAUACCAAACCAUUCCUCUGGCCAAGGCAGAAGAUUUCGGUGCUCAUGCAAGCAGGUACUACUCGCUGGAGGUCUCCCACUUCAAGAGCUCACUCGACACCCACCUAUUGGAGCUGCUGUGGAAUAAGUACUGGGUGCAGACCAUUAGCCAGAGUCCGCUCUUUACAAACCGCGAGUACAGCAGCAAGCAAAUGCUUGAUCUGAGCUCCAAGAUCAGAGAAGCGGGCACCGCUAUCCAGAAAGGUGGCAGAUCAAUGGGCGCAGGAAAUAAGGCCCUGGAUCAGCAGCUGGAGAAGGUGCUCAGAGAUAGCAAUAAGAUUGCCGGGGAGGAGGCUUCGGGGUUGAUGGCUGGGGAGAUCAAGGCUAAGCUCUUCAACGGUCUGGGACAGGCUGCGAAGAUCAACCCGGAGACAACUAAGCCUGAGCCCGCAUCUGCACCGGAUGUUACGAUGGAGACUGAGCCUGCGGAAACCUGA